AUGAUCAGCAAAGUAACGGCACCGGAGAUCGCGAUCGUGGGUGGUGGGCCCUCAGGGCUGGCGCUCGCAGGUAUGCUCGAACGUGCAGGCUUCGACUAUGUUGUCUACGAACGAGAAUCGAAGGAGUCUCUUCCUAGAGGUGGCUGUCUGGACCUCCACCUUGGCAGUGGUCAGCGCGCCAUGAAGGAGGCGGGGUGUUUUGACAAGAUGAACAAAUAUGGCAGACGCGGAGACGCCACGAUCCAUACUGUGUUUGACCCAGCUGGGACAAAAGUGGCUACCUGGGGUGAGGGACACGACAAGCCAGAGCUGGAUCGCGGUCAGAUCAAAGCCGCUUUGCUGACGACCAUCCCUGAUAGCAAGAUCAAGUGGGGCUCCCGCGUGAAGGAGGUCGUCAGAGACGAACAAGGGAAUAUAGUGCUACAAUUUGAGGGUGGAGAGAAGGCCACUGGCUUUAAGCUUGUUGUAGGUGCAGAUGGAGCGUUCAGUAAAGUUCGGCAUCUGGUAACAACAGCGACGCCACAAUAUGCCAAAAGAACGUUCAUCAACGGUACUAUUCACCCGGAUAACCCGUUCUAUCCAACGGUGCUCAAGAGCGCCGGAGUCGGCCCUCAAGUUGUGAUGGGCAAAAAGCUCAAGAUAUGGAACCAAAUGCAAGGUGAUGGCCACUAUCGAGUUGACCUGGGAUUUGAAAGACCGGUUGACUUUACGAGAACUGGAACCUUUGAUCUUUCAGACACUGAAGCCGUCAAGAAGCUUCUUCUUACGGAAGAGUUUUUCGGUCAGUACAGCCAAUAUUUCCAGGAUUUGAUCAGCGCAUGUGAAGGUCCGCUCUUCGCAUGGCCUCUGUGGCACAUGCCUACCGAUAGAUUCAACUGGGCACCGAACGCGGAUGUUACAGUCAUCGGGGAUGCGGCACAUGUGACACCUCCCUUCGUCGGCGAUGGGGUUAAUUGCGCAAUGAGAGAUUCCAUCAUAUUGUCACAGAAACUCAAAGAAUUUGGGAUUACGAAAGAUGCUGUAGCGGCGUAUGAAAAGGAGAUGUUUGGCUGGGCGACCGACCUCAUUGAACGAAGUUUAGAAUGCGGAGAUCUGUUCUUUGAUUGGAAUGCGCCAGGUGUUUUUUUCGAGACAUUGGCGAAGAAGCCACUGAUUGGUACUACAGACAAUGUUUGA